GAGAAGAGGGGGAGGGACCGGACAGGAGUAGGGGGAAGGGGCGUGGCUUUGUACGUCACCCGGAGGAGGCGAGGAGUUCCAAGAUGGCGGCGCCCGGUGGUUCGGCGAGUGAGCUCGGCACUGGUUGGCAGUGCAAUGUGGUGACCACAUCACCUGGGACAGAUUAAAGAAGAUUUGGGGGGCCCAGGGGGUGUGGAGGCCCUGGACUUCUGCCCGUAAGUCCAGCGGUAAGAGCGCCUCUGGUUGCAUCUAUUUCUCAUUUCAGCGGUAGUUGACGUGUGUGGCCUCUAAUCCUUUGGCACAGAUAGCACCUCCCCCUCUUUCUGCUCUCUGAUCCUGGGAGGACAGGUUGCCUGCCAUGAACUGUAUGUGGACAUUACUGCUGACCCGGGAGCUUUCUGCAGGAAGGGGCACUGCCCUGUGGGCUGCUUCUAAGAAAAAUCUACUCCGACUGAAAAGAAGCAGCUGUCUCCAGAACUCCAGAUUGGUUCCGGUAAGGAGCAUCCAGGUGACCAAAGCUCUUGGCACCACCAAAUCUCCGGUCACACCUUCGGUCAAAGACAAUAAGGAACAGGACCAAGGCAAAGAAUCUCCCAGCAGAUCCUUGGUGACUGCUGAAGAUCUCUUUGAGAGAGUCUCCAGAGGUAUAAAGACCAAAGCCACAUUCCAGGAGGCUGUGGACAUCUUUUGCAAGCACGAUAUCCGCCGCAGAGGCCAUGUGGAGUUCAUUUAUGCAGCCCUGAAGAAGAUGCCUGAGUUUGGGGUGGAGAGGGACAUCAGUGUCUACAACAAAAUUUUGGACGUCUUCCCCAAGGAAGUGUUUGUGCCUCGCAAUUACAUCCAGAGGAUGUUCAACCACUACCCAAAGCAACAGGAGUGUGGCAUUGAGGUGCUUGAGCAGAUGGAGAACUAUGGUAUCAUGCCCAACAAAGAGACAAAGUUUCUGUUGCUCCGGAUCUUUGGGGAGAAGAGUCAUCCUAUAAGAAAAUAUCAAAGGCUCAUGUACUGGUUUCCUAAAUUCAAAAACAUCAACCCUUACCCAGUUCCAGACCCUCUGCCACAGGACCCUGUUGACCUUGCAAGAUUGAGCCUACAGAGGAUUGCUGCUGACCUGGAUGCCAAGGUUACAGUCUACCAGUUUCCUCAUGUGGAGAUCUUGGACUCUGGGAAAUCGACUGACCACCCACACAUUGUUGGUAUCCAGAGCCCCGAUCAGCAGUCAUUUUUGGCCAGUCACAAUCCAGGCAGGCCCAUUUUCGUCGAAGGUCCCUUUCGCCUGUGGCUCAAGAGGACAUGUGUUUAUUACUAUGUGCUAAGGGCAGAGCUGUUGCCUCCAGAAGAAAGGAAGGAGAAAGUGAUUGACCCAGAAAGGAAUUUCUACUAUCCAAUGUAUCUGGAUAUUGACCUGGAGCGGGACCUUUUGGAUGAUGAGGAAUUUGACAUAGAUGAAGUUGAGGAGGGCCCUGUAUUUGCCAUGUGUAUUGCAGGGGCAGGAGACCAAGCUACCUUGGCUAAGUGGAUUGUGGGCCUUCAGGAAACAAACCCGAUCUUGUGUCAGAUACCAGUCGUGUUCCGCCUUGCUCCAGGGCCUCGGGAGCUGCAGUCAAGCACCAGCUUGGAUGAGAACAGAGAAGAGGAGAUGGCGCAGGCUCGGCACCUCAACCAAGAGUUUUGAGAACAGUCUGGUUAUUUUUUAGACUUGGAUAAUGGUUAUUUAAUUGUAUGUAACUUCAUGCCUGUGUUUUAAAUCCCCAGAAAGUUAGUGCAAUCAGUUCCUUGAGCUAGCCUCAGCAAUUUGAGGAUGGCCCCUAAAAUGGGUGGCAGUACUGAAAGCAGCUACUUUCACAAACAAGGCACUUUUAAUAUAUUUUUUCUCAGCUGCAACACAAGCAUCCUGAAUAUCUAAGGGCAGAGUCUACCCGCUUUUGCUGUAAUUGUAGCAUUGGAUUAUUGAUGCUUGUCUCCCUUUAGACAUUUUUUUUUUUUUUGCAAAUAUGAAUGCAAAUCAAGAACAUAUGGUUUUUAAGCUUUGCUGCUUGUUAGUUGUCUGAGAGGUUGUAGCUGGCUUCCCUACUUUGAAGAAUGUCUCCCCAGAGCUUCCUCUGGCUGUUCACAGAUGCUCCCACCAUGAGUUCCUCCUGCUUUUCCAGUAUCAGUCUUCUGAGCAGAGCAAACUAUUCUUUAGUGGCCGCUUCCUCAUUCCCUAUCAUCACUGUAGUCCUGACACUUUGGAGAAUUGAGCCUUUCUACAGUUCAUAAAAAGUGAGCUGGGAUAAUUGCUUUUGGUGCCUUGGGUUUCUGCCUAAACGGCUGAGUGGCAGUGAGGGUGAAAUCCUGUAAAAGGUGUUUUGAUGUGAUUCUGCUUAUGCACCAUUUCAAGAAAGGGAGAGAGAGGUCCUUCUACAACAGUUCCUGUCCUAAUAAAUGUCAAAUAUUGA